AUGUCAUUCCACUCUCGUUCUGCGUCCAUCGCGUCGGAGCGAUCGACCGCAGCGAGUGACUACAUACCCCGGACGCUCGAGGAUGUGCGCGAGAAUGCGGCGCGGGAGGUAGCGAUGCGGGCCACCGCCCAUAGAAGGACGGUCGAUGGCGUGAGGAUGGGGGUGCUAGUGGUCAUGGCCAAGGCAGAUGAAGUGGACUUUCUGGCACGGGUGGCGGACCGAAUACGCGAAGAGCACUUACUGAAGAACGAAUUUGUUUUUGCAGUCGCGACAUCUGGCACGCCGAUCCGGCCAAACAAGACGAAUACACUCAUGAUAUGCGGCUCUCCCGAGCACUACGUCCAACGAGCUGUCCUACUCGCCUCAUCCAAGCUGAUCGGACGCGUGAUGGGGACGACGAACGAGGGCCACAUGUGGCUUGCCUCCGUGAAGCGGAUCACCUCCUCUGGCCCGACCAGCCCCUCCACCGACGAAGCCGCGCUUUGGGACGUGCUCGUCAAGUCCUCCCGCCAGCCAAUCGACCCGCUAAACCGCCCGCCAGGCUGCCUCAGCGCCGCCACCCGCCUCGCGCUCGCGCAAAGCAAACUGGAGCGUCUCACACCGCAAAUGGCACUAAACGAGCUGCGCACACCGUCCGGCUUUCGUGGGGUGCAGGCCCCCACCUUCCUCGUCGACAUCCGCUCGCUCUCCGAGCGCGAGCGCAGUCACGGGGCCGGAAUACAUGGCUCCCUCACUGUCGAGCGCAACCAGCUCGAGUGGCUCUUCGAUCCCCAGAGCGAGGAACGGCUCGCCAUUGCUGAUCGAUAUGACCUCCGUGUUAUCCUGUUUGACGAGGAUGGCAGAGCAAGCAGUUUGGCCGCGGUCGCGCUGCAGGAGAUCGGACUGUUGAACGCGACAGAUAUAGUUGGCGGCUUUCGCGCAUGGAUCGAGGCCGAUUUGCCGGGCGAUAUUACAGGCAUGGAGGAUGAAGAUGAUUUACAUUCGGAGCCGUCUGUAAUUCAGAUACUGGGUUGA